AUGAAUAAAUCUUCCAAGGAUAAUCAAGUAAAAGUAAAAUUUUUAAUACUAGGAGAAUCUGGAGUUGGAAAAUCUUCCCUUUUAUUGCGUUUUACUGACAAUAAAUUCAAUAAUAAUUUCGUAAUGACUUUAGGUGUAGAAUACAAAUAAAAACAAAUUGAGAUAAAUUCUACAAAUGUUAUAAUAUAAGUAUGGGAUACAGCAGGUUAAGAAAGAUUUAAGACAAUCACUCCAAUAUAUUAUAAAAGUGUAGAUGCUGUAGUUAUUGUAUAUGAUAUUUGUGAUUAAAAAUCUUUCGAAUAAAUUAAUGAUUGGAUCGAAAAUUUAAAAGAGCAUACAGAUAUUAACAAUAUUAAUAUGGUUUUAGUAGGAAAUAAAAGUGAUAUGUAAAACGAGAGAUAAGUUAAUAAAGAAGACGCAUUAAAAUAAUCAAAAAUAUAUAAUAUUGAACAUUUUGAGGCAUCAGCAAAAGGCAAUUAUAAUAAAAUUUGA